CUUUGAUCUACAGACUUCUCUAUCACACACUUAAAAGCCCUCACUCGAAGGCUUUCUCAUACAGAAAAUAGAACAACACUCCACACAUCAACGCUAUUUACAAAUCACUGAUCGCAUACGACGAUGAAUUCCAUGGCAGCCACGGCGCCCCUUAGGGUGGCCAUCCCGAAGGCAAGCCUUCGCUUCACCAUGCGAAGCAACCCGAGUGUCAUCAUCAUGACCGGCCUCCGGUGUGGCAGCUCGACCCUGGGCAACAACUACUACCAGCACACGUACAACAAGCGGUUCAUCACGACGACACAGAAGCAGGAUAAGAUCAAGGAGUUUUUCCCGCCACCGAAGGCUCCCCAUGUCAAAGAAGUGGAGACCGCCUGGGUCCAUCCAGUUUACUCGGAAGAGCAGAUGAACCAAGUCACGGUUGCGCAUCGCGACGCGAAAGAUUGGGCCGAUUGGAUCGCACUCGGUACCGUGCGGGUGCUGCGAUGGGGCAUGGACUUCGUGACGGGCUACCGCCACCCUCCCGCGGGCAAGGAACACGAGGCCAGAUUCCAGAUGACCGAGCAAGCGUGGUUGAGACGGUUUGUCUUCCUGGAAAGUGUGGCUGGUGUGCCCGGUAUGGUGGGCGGCAUGUUACGACACCUGCGAAGCCUGCGGCGCAUGAAGAGAGACAAUGGAUGGAUCGAAACCCUGUUGGAGGAAGCAUACAACGAGCGGAUGCAUCUCCUGACCUUCCUCAAGCUCGCGGAACCGGGCUGGUUCAUGCGACUCAUGGUGCUCGGCGCCCAGGGAGUCUUCUUCAACGGCUUCUUCCUGUCCUACCUCAUGUCGCCGCGCAUCUGCCACCGAUUCGUGGGGUAUCUCGAGGAGGAGGCCGUGAUCACGUACACCCGCGCGAUCCAAGACAUCGAGCACGGCAAGCUGCCCCACUGGGAGAAAUUGGAGGCGCCCGAGAUCGCGGUGCAGUACUGGAAGAUGCCGGAAGGACAGCGGACGAUGCGGGACCUGUUGCUCUAUGUGCGCGCCGACGAGGCCAAGCACCGGGAGGUGAACCACACCCUAGGCAACCUCGACCACGCGACAGACCCGAACCCGUACGCGGCCAAGUACAAGGAUCCAUCCAAGCCCCAUCCGAACAAGGGCAUUGACAAUCUCAAGGCCACUGGUUGGGAGCGGGAGGAAGUGAUCUAAAAGGAACAUCUGGUGUCACGCCGGCUGGACCGGGGCAGUUGUCACCACGGGCUAACUAAUCAUUCCCUGGAGGAAUUUUGUUUCAUGUAUAGAUGGGUGG